AGUAGAGCUGCUCUUUUUUUUUUUUUUUUUUCCCGCGAUGAGCAUGGGGGUGGGAUACGUUCUCACUGUGAAGCCCUGGAACUCACCUUGUAGGCCAGAGAGAUCCACCAGCCUCUGCAACACAAAAGCUGAGAUUAAAGGCGCGUGCCACCACGCCCUCCUCUUACUUCCCCCUCCCCCCUUUUUUAAGGAAAAGAACGCACCUCCUCUGGCUACUAUACUGUCCUGUUGCAUUAAUUAAGCCUCCAUUGCAAUCAGAGAUAAAACUCAGCUUCACUGUGGUAGUCGAGGCUUUACACACCCCCACCCCGGUUCCCACAGCUCUGGGAUGAUCUGACACCCUUUAAUUUGGGCAACCCCGUUUUCCAGUAUGUUAAAACAUCUUGAAAGGUGGUUCACCUGCCCUGUCCCAUGCAACCAUAUUGUCCUGGCAGUCAAUGCCUGUGGACUGGAAUCCCCACGCAUGCUACCCCUCGCGUCACUGGGACAAAGGGGCGGGGCACGGCCGGAUUAAAGAGCCUAUGAACUUCCAAGCAGGACUGAAUGUCCUGAGCCUUGGCGAAGGCGCUGAGUCUCGGAUCUAGACCUUAAGAAUGGAGAAGCACCAGAGAAUAAGAGGCGGAAAUGAGAUCAAAAGCUGUCUCAGUGUGACUUGCCUCCACCCUCCCCACGUGAGACUGCAUCCUUCUACCUACUUUCCGCGCUGUCAGGCCCUCAGAUCCUAAUGCUUUGCCCUAAGACACGGACCCCGCGCGGGCCGCGUGGUCCAUGCGGGGAUGGGGGCGGGGCGAGGGCCAGUGACGCAACCGUUGCCAUAGGAACUCGCCGCCUGCUCCAGCUCAGCAGCUGAAGCUGAGCUGCAUCCCGCCCCGGCUGUCCCCGAGAGCCGUGCUGCCGGGCCCGGGGCCCGCACAGCGGGCGCGGCCUCCCAAGCCGCGAGGGAGAGGAUCAGCGCGGGGUGGCUACCGCUCUGUCCCCGGCCGCCCCUCCUCCGCGCCUCCGCACCCGGCCCCGCGCCUGCUUUCGAUCCCGCCGCGGCCGGGGCGCGCUUCGUCGCCGCCACAGCCGCCGUUGCCUCUGCCGCCUCCGCCUCCGCCUCCGUUCCCGCCGCGACCCUAACCCGGACCACGACCUGAGUCCCCUCCCCGCCCCGCCCCCUCCCGCAGCCCGGCCAACUUCUGCCCAGGCCGGGACACCGGCGCCAGCCCCCCGAGGCCCAGCCGUGGGGACCAUGCUGCCUAGCUCCAUCCAGAUUUCGGGGGAGCCGCUGUCAGGCGCCGAGGUGCGGGACAUCUGCCGCGGCCUGCGCGACAACGCGGUGCGCCUGCUCUCGCUGCGCGGCUGUCGCCUGUGCGACCGCGACUUCGGCCGCAUCUGCCGGGCCCUAGCUGGAGCCACGUCCCUGGCGCAGCUCAACCUUAACCUGGGCGUCGUGUCUAGCCCCAGCCGCAUCAAGCAGCUGGCAGAAGCGCUACGGACCAACCGCUCCAUCCAGUCCCUCUUCCUACAUGGAAGCCCACUGACAGAUGCGGGACUGGCCUUGCUGAAUCCAGCCCUGGCUCUCCACCCUGCCCUUGUGGCUCUUGACCUGGGGGACUGCAUGUUGGGUGAUGAAGCCAUCAACCUCAUCUGUGGCCUCCUCCCUCCAGACGGGGCCAAGUCUGGUGACCAUGUGGCAGGGAUGCUGGCUGUAGCUGUGGCCUCAAGCCGUACCCUAGAAGUCCUAGACUUGGAGGGCACAGGGCUCACCAACCAGUCAGCUCAGACCCUGCUGGACAUGGUAGAAAAUUACCCAACAGCCUUGCGGAGCCUCGUGUUGGCUGAGAACAGCAUUAGCCCAGAGCUGCAACAGCAGAUCUGUGACCUCCUGUCUGAGGGAGAAGAGGAGGAAGAGAUGGCAGGAGGGGCUGCUGACACCCAGGAAUGGGGGAGAGGGCGAGAGCCUGCUGCCCACCAGCGGGGUGGCAGCUCCUGGAAGUGCCCCAGUGAUCCCAAUUCUCAGAUGGUGCUAAUGACAUCAGGACUAGGGGACAGUCUGUUGGCUGAGACCGAGAUGUGACUCUCUACUUGGACUUCUGCACAUCAUUACACGUCUGUGUCCCCACUACCUUCCUCUACAUGGCAGGGAAAGGCCGUGGCUGGGGCUCUGGCAGUUCCCAAUAGUGGUACGAGCUCUGAAUGCUGUCAGUGGGCAACAGCCUCGGGGGGUGGUGGGGACUUGAACCCAGGGUACUGACUUUGAACUUGCUGGCAGCUCUGGCUGCAACCCGCUGGCUCGGAACAGAUUUUAUAAACUCCACAACCUGA